AUGCUGCCCCCCCCUCGGACAAGAUCACCUACGAGUCUACCUUCAAGGGAGGACUGGCGCCCAACAGCGUCCCCAACGGCUCCACCACGGCCUCUGCGGGCAGUGACAGCUCCUCGUCCAGCACCAGCUCCGAGGGCUGCACUGACAAUGCUCCCGACACCGGCUCGUGCCAGCAACAGUUGGACUGGGGCAAGUGCAAUGACGAGUGGCUCACCAGCGGCAACUUCUGCCAGACCACCUGCGGCCGGUGCAGCAGCAGCUCCAGCCCGUCGUCACCCUCAGAGUCAUCGUCUUCCCCAUCAGACGCUUCGUCUUCCUCCCCAUCUUCCUCCCCAUCGGGAUCGUCUGCUGACUGCCAGGACACUGCAGUGCCGUACAGCAUCAGCUACGGCUCCUGCCAGGAUCAGAAGAACUGGGGCAAGUGCGGGGAGCAGUGGAUGA